CAGACGGGUUUGUUGAGACAUGCGUACGCUGUAAUCGCUGCCUUGUCACAAAAUAAAUCCUGCGUUAACAAAAAGAAUAAUAAAAGGAAUUUGUUGUAAAAGCGGAAAGAAAUAAUGGUCGCUUGAUAAAAGAGCUGUGACUAGUCUUUUUUACACAAUGGCGGACAUAACGAAGAUGACUUGCAGCAACGACCACGUGAAGCGACCGAUGAACGCAUUUAUGGUUUGGUCGAGAGGUCAGCGUCGAAAGAUGGCCCAAGAAAAUCCCAAAAUGCACAAUUCCGAAAUCAGCAAGCGACUGGGAGCUGAAUGGAAGCAGUUGACGGAACUCGAAAAGCGUCCUUUCAUCGAUGAAGCCAAGCGGCUCAGAGCGCUGCACAUGAAGGAACAUCCUGACUACAAGUACAGACCGAGGCGAAAACCGAAACCCGCGUCAGCGAAAAAGGACACGAGCCAUUUCUUCAGCCUGCCUCCUUUGGACCCCCUAACAAGGUAUACAUUCGGCGGAUCUCCCCUCGACAGCGAGAAAGCGGCAACAGCAAGGACUUUUCCUCUUUCUCUGCCUGCUCCAAGUCCUUACUACAGCUCCACCCUAGGGGAGCAGCUGAAAAAGAAUGGAGACUUUUCGCCGACUAGCCCAUAUCUUGCUUCGCCGACUUCUCUUUAUUCGUCCGCCGCAGCCAGCAGCAUUCUUUCUUCGCUAUCUUAUUCCAGGGCUUUCGGUAGCCCUUAUGGACUGUGCGGUUGUCCCCCCACCUACCUACCGACGCCGCCCCAAGAUCUGAGAAGCCCCUUCAGCUAUCUUUUUCUCAAACCCGAUGAAAGGAGAUAUCCAUCACCUCCAGCUAUCUCGGCAUCAUCCUUAAUGUGAGAACUAAAGCAAGAAAGAAAAUAUUAAGAAAGUUCUUGCUUCAUCUGGAUUAAAGAGUGACAACUGGACGCUAAUUUAUUGAAAAAUUACAAUAAACAUUGUUUUCAUAUAUUUAUGAUUGUAUAUCUGUAUAUAAAUAGUUCAACUUUGUCCUGUAAAGAUGCAAACUCAGGUUACUGAAUGCCAAACAUGUAAAAAGAACUGAUUUUCUGGUCAUUAUGUGUUAUAUGUGAUAACGUGUACAUUUUUUCCUACAAAUGUGUUUUAAUCUUUUGUUUGACCAGAACUGUAUAUAGAAUAAUAAUUGAAUGCAAAAUCUGUCUUGUAAUGCUAAGAGAUGUAGUUUGUUCGUUGUUUUGUUAUUUGCUAUAUAUAUUAUACAACAAAUGCAAUAAAAUCAUUACAAAAACUGAA